AUGUUCUACCUCUGUUUAACAUACCUUCGGAUGAUUUUAUUGCUUUUAUUACUCAUCCACCUGAUCCAAUACACAGAAGCCAAGAGGCGGAUAAGAUGGGAUUGUUUCGACUGCCAGAUGGAUGGUUCUUUUUCUGAUCAAAUAGAAUGCAGAGUCGGAGGAAGCAGACAUUCCCUUUUAAAUGUGGAACUAAAUCUGCUGUCGGAACUUGAGCAAAUUAAGGUUUAUAUCAAUAUUUCGACCAAGUUCAAAUCAACAAUUACGUUUCGAAAGUUCUUCGACAUUAAUUUCAACGGAUGUCGCGUGAUAUCGGACAUGGUUCAAGGCACCAUGGUAUCGAAUAUGUUCAAUGCAGUCGUCAAAUCGAGCAAUCAACCUCGGAAAUGCCCCAUUCAAAAGGUUAAUUUCGUUUUUCACAACAUCAGCAUUGAAGACGCUUUACCCAUGUUUGUGCCCACCGCACAGCUCUUCAUCCAAGUAAACUUUUACUCUCGACGGCAGUUGUACUUAAAUGUUAGUGUAAUGGGAGAAAUACUUGAAAAAUAA